UUUCCCUUCCAUUCAAUUGCGACCGUUCAAGUUAUUAAACUUGGUUUCCUCCGUCGCCACGGCGUUCGUCUUCUCUCUCUUCUUCCCCCAUUUUGGCCAGGGAUCGAGACCCGCUGAACCCUAAGGAUCAUCGGCGCCGGAUCUCUCCUCCCAUGGCUUCCUUGUUUCGAGCUUCGCUUGACUUCGCGGCCUUUGAUCCUUCCUCUAUUGAGGCUUCCUCUCGGUUCUCCGGGAAACCUUCGGGAGCAAUAAAGAUCGGCAGUUCGCCCCUUAAUUUGGGUAGAUUAAGCAAUGCACGCCUGAGAAUUCUGGGUUGCGUCGAUUCAUGGUAAUUGCAUGUGCAGACUCGAGGGUCUGCCCUUCGAACAUUUUGGGUUUUCAACCUGGGGAAUCGUUUACAGUAAGGAAUAUAGCAAAUUUAGUUCCACCAUUUCAGCAUGGGGCUUCAGAAACUAGUGCAGCACUUGAGUUUGCUGUAAACACUCUAGAGGUUGCAAACAUAUUAGUUGUUGGCCAUAGUCGUUGUGGAGGAAUUCAGGCUCUUAUGAGUAUGAAAAAUGAUCCUGGUUCUAGAAGCUUUAUCAAAGAUUGGGUUUCCAUUGGAAAGAGUGCAAGGCUAAGCACAGAGGCUGCUGCUGGCAACCUGAGCUUUGAAAUGCAGUGUAGACAUUGUGAGAAGGAAUCAAUCAAUGGCUCACUGCUGAACUUGCUAACAUACCCAUGGAUUGAGAAAAGAGUCAGCGAAGCGACAUUAUCUCUUCAUGGAGGCUACUAUGACUUCAUCAACUGCACCUUUGAGAAAUGGACUCUUGUAUACAGAGAAAGAUUGGAGGGAGGCAGCAAGUAUGCCAUUAAAAAUCGCUCCUUGUGGUCCUGAAAAAUAUUUUACAAGCCAGAAUGAAGCUUAUGCAUAUGAUCUGCUCCUCCAUGUUGUACCUCAAGAUAAUUCUUCUACCUUCUUUGGGUGCCUUCUUCUUUAACCCAUUUCAGCAGCACGAAAAUGUUUGGGCCGGUACCAAUAGAUCAAUUAUGAUAUGUUUAUGUGGGAUAGACAAACAUUUGUUUCUUUGGAUAUGUGGGGUGACUAAGCUAUAAGUUGAAGAUCCAUGCUUGAUAUUCAACUGUAUUGUCUCUUUUUCUCAUGUGUUUUCCUGUAUUAUAUGAUGAUAAUAUUUGUAAUUAAAACUUUUGAGUCAGAUUAUGUUAUCUGAAAUAUGCUAAAAGAAUUGUACUUUGAUUA